AUGUGUUGCACACAGUGUAACGUUAAUGCUAAAUACAAAUGUCCCGUGUGCCGAGUUCCGUAUUGCUCAGUUGCCUGCUAUAAAGAGCACAAGCGGAAUUCGUGUUCAGCUCCUCCAGAACCCGAAAGAGAAACAAAUGCCACGGAUCAAUCAGAAAUUGAAUAUGAAUUUCCCACUGAAGACACUGUGGCAAGAGAAAUAUUACAACUCUUGGAACAAUCUGAAGAGUUAAAGAACUGCUUGGAGAAUCCUCACGUAAGAGAGAUACUGGAGUUGCUAGACGGAUCACCACAUCCUGACAGGCUGAUACAACAAUACAUGACAGAGCCUAUCUUUGCUGAGUUUGUUGAUGCUUGCCUAAAAAUUGUACAGCCUGAAGACAAGAAUGAACGAUAA